AAAUGAUCAACCUUUCUGUUCCUGAUACAAUUGAUGAGAGAGCAAUCAAUAAGAAGAAGCUUACACCAUUCAUCAUUCAGGAAAAUUUGAACUUGGCACUGAACUCUGCUUCUGCCAUUGGGUGUCAUGUUGUGAACAUUGGUGCAGAAGAUCUGCGUGCAGGGAAACCUCAUCUGGUUUUGGGACUGCUCUGGCAGAUUAUUAAGAUUGGCUUGUUUGCUGACAUUGAAUUAAGCAGGAAUGAAGCACUGGCGGCCUUGCUUCGAGAUGGUGAGACUCUGGAGGAGCUUAUGAAAUUGUCUCCAGAAGAGCUUCUGCUCAGAUGGGCCAACUUCCACCUUGAAAAUUCAGGCUGGCAAAAGAUCAACAACUUCAGUGCUGACAUCAAGGUACCUGGCAUUUGGGGAGAUAAGAUGGCUUUAGAGAUUUUCUCCCAUCUAAACAGAGACAAAAAUUAAAGUUUAUCACCAGACUAUGUUGUCUUUCUUGUUAUCAGAUAAGGUCUUGCUAUGUAGCUCAGGUUGUACUAGGCAUCACUGUUGUAGACAAGACUGGCCUAACCUCAAACUUACUGUGAUUCUUUGUCUCUUUUGUUAUUGUUGUUGUUGUAUUCCAUUUUUGGAUAUUUUAUUUAUUUACAUUUCAGAUGUCUUCCCCUUUCCCCAUUUCCCCUCC